AUGCCAGCAACACCCAAGUCCUUCCUCCCCGCCUUCGCCGGCUUCAUGGUCUGCGCAUUCUCCUACACCUACGUCGUAGCCAGCAAAGAAGGCGCCGCCAUGGACAUGGCACGCACACGGUGGCAGCACCAGCACGCCAGCGCGCGGAACGUGCUGAGCGGGGGCGUGACGGCGCUGGAGGCGCUGGAGGAGAAGGUUUCGAAGAUGUAG